CUCUACCAUUCUGUCUAACAGCCCAGUUUACAGUGGUGGGACCCGCCGAUCCAAUCCUGGUCCUGGUGGGAGAAAACAUCACAUUACGCUGCCACCUGUUCCCAGAGAAAAAUGCCCAGGACAUGGAGGUGCGCUGGUUCCGGUCUCAGUUCUCCCCCGCGGUGCUGGUGUAUAAGGGCGGGCAGGAGCAGAAUGAGGAGCAGAUGGCAGCGUACCGAGGGAGAACCACCUUUGUGAGCGAAGACAUCCAGCGUGGCCGUGUGGCGCUGGUCAUCUACAACGUCACUGCCCAUGAGAACGGCAUCUACCGCUGUUAUUUCCAAGAAGGCAGGUCCUAUGAUGAGGCCAUCAUGCGGGUGAUGGUGGCAGGACUGGGCUCCUCCCCCAUCAUUGAGAUGAAUGGGCUGGAGGAUGGGGGCAUCCGGCUGGAGUGCACAUCUGGAGGCUGGUACCCUGAGCCCCACGCAGUGUGGCGGGACCCUUAUGGGGAAGUCGUGCAGGCCCUGGAGGAGGCUUAUGCUGUGGACACAGAUGGCCUCUUCACCGUCACCCUGGCGGUGAUCAUCAGAGACUGCACCGUGAGGAACAUGUCCUGCGCUGUCAACAACACCCUGCUCGGCCAGGAGAAGGAAAGUGUGAUCUUCAUUCCCGAGCCCGUGGUGCCCAGCACCUCCGCCUGGACGCCCGCCCUGCUGGCCGCCCUGCCAGCUCUACUGCUGCUCAGCGCCGCCAGCAUCUGCCUCAUCAAGAAACUCCACAAGGACAAGGAGAUCCUGCCGGGGGAAAAGGAGGGGGAAAGCGAAGAGACGGACGAUGUAGAGCAACUUCAAGAGGAACUGCGUUGGAGAAGAACCCUCUUAAACGCUGCUGAUGUGCUCCUGGACCCGGACACGGCGCACCCGGAGCUCUUCCUGUCAGAGGACCAGAGGAGCGUGAGGCGGGGACCCGGCAGGCAGAGCGUCCCUGACAACCCGGAGAGAUUCGACUGCAGGCCUUGUGUCCUGGGCCUGGGGAGCUUCUCCUCAGGGAGGCAUUACUGGGAGGUGGAGGUGGAGAAUGUGAUGGUGUGGGCCGUGGGGGUUUGCAGAGACAGUGUCGAGAGGAAAGGAGAGGCCCUGCUGGUUCCUCAGAACGGCUUCUGGACCCUGGAGAUGUUUGAAAGUCAGUACCGGGUCCUGUCCUCUCCCGAGAAGAUCCUCCCACUGAGAGAACGCCUCCGCCGAGUGGCCGUCUUCCUGGACUAUGAGUCUGGAGACGUCUCCUUCUACAACAUGCGGGACAGGUCGCACCUCUACACGUGUCCCCGUGCACGCUUCUCUGGACCCCUGAGGCCCUUCUUCCGGCUGGGGUCUGAUGACAGUCCCCUCUUCAUCUGUCCGGCCUUCACUGGGGCCCAAGGCGUCACCGUGCCGGAAGCCGGCCUGAUCCUUCAUCGAACUGGGACUGAGCACGACCCUCAGACCCAGUUCCUCAGUCCAAGAGUCCGGUAGGGUC